AAAUCUGGAAUAUCCAUUAUCACAAUUAUUGAAUAAACUCAUACAAAAUGAUGAUUCUUGGGUUGUUUCUCAACAAAUAGCAGCUCAAAAUAAAUUCGCUAAAUUAAUUAAUAAACCAUCUGCACUAUUAUUAGAUCCAAAAGUUCAAUAUACCAGAGGGCAACCAGUUGGUUCACAGAAUAAGAAAGCUAAAACUUUCACAAAGAGAGAUCUAUUGACUUUUGAGCUAGAAGAAAUUAGAAUAAAUAGUAGAAAAU